AUGGUCGCCAAACAAUCCCACCUCGAUCCCUUUUGGGAUGACCUGGAUUGGACCUUGGGCCAACUGUUUAUGAUGGGGUUUGAUGGAACCUCGAUGACCCCACAGAUCCGCCAACUGAUCGAGGAGCACCACAUCGGCGCCAUCCUGCUGACGGCGAAGAAUUUAAAGUCCGCUGAAGAAACUACAAAACUAUGCUACGAGCUGCAGAAGUGUGCUCACGACGCCGGCCAUCCCGUGCCGCUGCUCAUCGGCCUCGACCAGGAAAAUGGCGGCGUCAACAGCCUCUUCGAUGAAAUCUACAUCCGCCAGUACCCAAGCGCCAUGGGCAUUGCCGCCACGGGCUCUACCGAACUUGCAUUCGAGGUUGCAAGGGCAACAGCACAGGAGGUGGCCGCCUGCGGUAUCAACGUCAUCAUGGGUCCUUGCCUGGAUGUAUUAACCAACGCCAGGAACCAGCCGCUGGGUGUCCGAACCACGGGCGACGACCCUCAGGAAGUCUCUGCUUAUGGGGUUGCUUUCGUGAAAGGCUAUAAGGAGGCCGGAGUGGCCACCAUGGGAAAGCAUUUCCCAUCGUACGGCAACUUGGAAUUCUUGGGCUCAGCUCUUGAUGUCCCCAUCAUCACCGACUCCCUCGAACAGCUCAGUCUGAGCGCCCUUGUUCCAUUCCGAAAUGCGAUCGCUCAAGGACUCGACGCAAUGAUGGUCGGAGGCUGCGCCAUGUCCUCCGCCGGGCUCAACGUCAUGCACGCCUGUCUGUCAGAUCAGGUAGUCGAUGGCCUCCUGCGUUCAGAGCUGAAGUUCGACGGCGUUGUGAUCUCGGAGUGUCUUGAAAUGGAAGCGCUAAGCCACAAUAUCGGCGUGGGCGGCGGAACCGUCAUGGCUGUCAACGCAGGCUGUGACUUGGUGCUUCUUUGCCGGUCUUUCUCUGCACAACAAGAAGCCAUCAACGGUCUAAAGCUCGGCAUCGAGAACUCUAUGAUCACCAAGCAAAGGGUCAGAGAUUCCUUACGCAGGGUUAUUUCGAUGAAAGCAAAAUGCAGCAGUUGGGACAAAGCAUUGAAUCCUCCAGGAAUAAAGCUUCUCUCAACUCUUCAACCAUCACAUACAGCCCUUUCGACAAAGGCGUACAAUCACUCCAUCACAGUUGUCAGAGAUAAGAACCGCUAUCUGCCCUUGUCAAACAUCCUGGAACCCGAUGAAGAACUUCUUCUCCUCACUCCUCUUGUGAAGCCUCUACCAGCUUCUGCAGCCUCUGUUGCGUUGUCGGAGUCUGUAUCGGCAGGCUCGCCCGAACCGGCCGUAUGGGAGCGAAGUGCCUCCGUUAUGAGCGGCGAGAGGGUCUUCCGCGAGCUUGGAAGAUGCCUUGCACGGCAGCGCAAUGGACGGGUAUUGCACACAUCUUACACCGCGAACGGUGUCCGACCAGUGCACGAGAAUCUCAUCAGUCGAGCUGGCGCUGUGAUAAUCCUCACGGCGGAUGCUAACCGCAAUCUGUAUCAAUCCGGCUUUACGAAGCACGUUUCCAUGAUCUGCAACAUGCAGUUCACGGCGGGCGGGGAAAGAAGAGAAAAGCCCCUCAUUGUCAUUGCCGUUAGCUCGCCCUACGACUUUGCUCUAGACUCGACUAUCGGCACCUAUGUCUGCACCUACGAUUUCACGGAGACCGCUCUGAACUCGCUGGUCAGGGUUCUUUACGGCGAGCACUCUCCAGCGGGGUCUCUGCCAGGCACCAUCAGCCAUAGCCAAAAGCUGCAUCAGUCCAAACAGCACUGGCUUGUGGAGAUCUUCAACGAGGAAAGAGAUGCCAAUGCUCUUGACACUCUCAUCAAGACUGCGAACGAGGGAAUGCCUCCAGGGCAACGGUCAGAGGUGGCGAGCGCGACAUCGAACUCGUUCCUCUUACACCAUCCAGAAGUCGUAGAGUCUCACUUUGUGGUUCGAAACAGCAGCACGCAUGCACUGUAUGGCUUCUGCUCGACGUAUUUCUUCAAAGCCACAGGCACCGGUGCGAUUGGCGCGCUCUUCGUAGACCCUUCGCGACGGAAGCUCUCGAUCGGCCACUCGUUGCACAACCGAGCCAUUCGCACACUUCUCCAGCGCGACGGUAUCAAGCGCUUCCAGCUCGGCACGCGACUGCCGAGUAUCUUCUUGGGCAUCCCGACAGGGCACGGCGCAGAGCGCAAGAGACUUCGCUCAUGGUUUGCGAACAUGGGCUGGAACACGGCCCUUUCGCGACCAGUGUGCAGCAUGAUCGCGCGCAAUUUGUCCGCUUGGACGCCGCCCGAAGGGAUGGCGAAGAGUCUGGCAAGCGCAGGCGUCGAGUUCGACUUGGUGUACGGUUGGGAGUAUGCUGGUUCGGUGCUUGACCACAUCAAGACAAGUAAUCGCCAAGGCUUGGCCGAAGUGUACAAGCUUGCGCUCACAGACCCGGCAGCAUGCGGGAUCAUUCGCGCCAAGCGGCCGGAGGAUGGCGCGUUGGUGGGGACAGUGGUGCUCUACAACAUGCACUCGCGGCUCUCGGAGUUCGUGCCGGCAAUGAAGGACGUCGGAGAGCUGACUGGGGGCAUUUCGUCGCCGGUGAUUUCGCCCGGGGUGGGCGAAUACUCGACGCUGCUGCAGGGGCUCAUUCUGCUGGGGAUGCGGCAGAUAAAACAGCAGCAGUGCAAUGCGUGCAUUCUGGACUACAUGGACGGGGACGGCAGCUUUGACGGGCUAUCGGCGAUGGGCUUCGACGUGUUGCAUAAUUUUGAAGAAGUCAGCUGUGACGCAGCGACGUGGACGAUGGUGCCACCGUCGUAA